ACUAACAAGAAUAUUUCUAUUUACUCUAGUCAAAGAUGUACAGAAUCCGUCAGCAAGAACUUCUGGAUAAACUGCGGAAAAAGUGCCUGAAGAAAUCCUGCGGCUCCAUCAAGCAGCUGGGCUGCGCCUUCCGCAGGAUGGACGUGGACUUCUCCAAGAAGAUUUGCUUCGAGGAGCUGCGCGAGGGCGUCCGCAUGUACGGCAUCGACAUGAGCGAGGAGGAGCUGCACGUGCUCUUCAACACCUUCGACAAGGACCGCGACAAGCUCAUCGACUUCCACGAGUUCCUCAUGCCCUGCGACCCUCCCAUGCAACGCAGGGUCAGGGUCGUCAAUGAAGCCUUCGACAAGUUGGACGCGGACGGCGAUGGGGUGUUGAAGGUGGAUGACCUGAAAGUUAUCUACAGGAAGAACGCACAGAAACACCCGAAAUACCUGUCUGGGCAGUGGACUGAGGAACAGGUGAUGAAUUUCUUCCUGGAAAGCCUGGAUACCCCCGGAACCCCCGACGGCGUCAUCACCAGGGAAGAGUUCCAGAACUACUACGCAGGCGUCUCCUCCACCAUCGACGAUGACUGCUACUUCGACCUUCUGAUGCGAGCCUGCUAUGACCUGAAAACGAGGGGCUCCUAGAACUGCUUGAGGUGUGCUCACGAACUGUAUCUGAACCCUGAAUAACUGAUGGCGUCACAUCAGCACGUGACCCCAUUUUUAAAACCAGGUCACAGUUAUCGAUGUCUAUUGUCUUACAGUCCCCGGCAUGGGAAUACGGCGGCCUGCAAAGACUGUGAUAAUGUUUAUAAGUCUGUGAGACUUGGAUACUGUGAGGUUAUGUGAAAUUGUAAGGUAAUCAGAGGUCACAUUUACGAUGGAAGAUUUUAUUAACGUUUGACCGAGCAUGCCGAGGGUAAAGGACUGAACCGGGUUGCACAUUCCGAGUUCUGUGGGCUUAAUUUAAGUUUUCAACACCACAAUUCUAACAAAACAAUUACAGUAGUAGCAACGAGUGGUUAAAAUCCUGUUUCAACCUCGUAAGCGUGGAUGCCUUAAGGGUAAUCCAGCGACUAAUGGAAAAUAGUUCAUUCAGUAGUCUCAUCAUAUGUCUGUUGACUAGCAGCUAUAUACUGCAUUCUUUUGAUAUUGUAAUUUUAUUGUCCAUGAUGCUUUUAGAGCUAGUUCCCUGUUUUCUGGAAAGCUCAAACACCUUCAAGUGAAAUGCAAGAAGGAAAAAAUAUUUUUAAGCGAAACCAACUUUUAAUAAGGAAGGCUUCAUACACUAAUGAUCAAAGGCAAACAAAAAGUGAAACAACAAAGUUUUAGGCAGGUUUCGUCGUUAACGAUGCCAGCCACUGGUGAUGCCCCCUUACCUCCCUCCCUAUCAUGGUGCCAGACCUGAAGACAGAAUGCAGCCAGAGACAUGGCAUCGGCGCACUGCCCCACGUUCCGGAAACUCUUAGACAGGAAGUCAAUGCCAUUGGCCAUGCAGCAA